UAUCUGUCGGCAUCAGCUUUAUCGCGUUUGAAAAAGAUUGUACAGGCGGUGUGUGGGCACACUUCCAUUUUCUUUUCCUUCAAGAUGGCGGGCGAUGAGUCCGGAGUAACGCUGGGGCAGCCUCAUUUGGCUAAACAAGACCUCAGCACAUUAGAUGUGCGCACACUGACACCACUCUCACAGGAGAUCAUCAGCAGGCAAGCUACAAUCAACAUAGGAACUAUUGGCCAUGUGGCUCAUGGGAAGUCGACGGUGGUGAAGGCCAUUUCUGGUGUCCACACUGUCCGAUUCAAGAACGAGCUAGAGAGAAACAUUACUAUCAAGUUGGGUUAUGCCAAUGCUAAGGUGUAUAAGCUGGACGACCCGAGCUGCCCGAGGCCUGAGUGUUACAGGUCGUGUGGCAGCAGCACUCCUGAUGAGUUCCCUACAGACAUUCCUGGCACAAAGGGCAACUUCAAACUAGUCAGACAUGUGUCCUUUGUCGAUUGCCCGGGUCACGACAUUUUGAUGGCCACCAUGCUGAACGGCGCAGCUGUGAUGGACGCUGCACUCCUUCUGAUUGCCGGCAACGAGUCGUGCCCUCAGCCUCAGACAUCAGAACAUCUGGCUGCUAUCGAGAUCAUGAAAUUAAAGCACAUUCUGAUCCUGCAGAAUAAAAUCGACCUGGUGAAAGAGAGUCAAGCCAAAGAGCAGUAUGAGCAGAUCCUGGCUUUCGUGCAGGGCACAGUCGCAGAAGGCGCUCCCAUCAUCCCUAUCUCGGCUCAACUGAAGUACAACAUUGAGGUGGUGUGUGAAUACAUCGUAAAGAAGAUCCCUGUGCCUAUUCGAGACUUCACCUCUGAGCCUAGGCUUAUCGUAAUUAGAUCAUUUGAUGUGAAUAAACCCGGCUGUGAGGUGGAUGACCUGAAAGGAGGCGUAGCUGGAGGCAGUAUUUUGAAAGGAGUGCUGAAGGUGGGACAGGAGAUCGAAGUCAGACCCGGUAUUGUUUCUAAGGACCAUGAAGGGAAGCUCAUGUGCAAACCAAUUUUCUCCAAGAUCGUCUCACUGUUCGCUGAGCACAAUGACCUCCAAUAUGCUGCACCUGGUGGCCUUAUAGGUGUGGGCACUAAAAUCGACCCGACGCUAUGCCGAGCGGACCGUAUGGUCGGUCAGGUCCUCGGCGCUGUCGGCGCGCUGCCUGAAAUUUUCACCGAGCUCGAGAUCUCCUACUUCCUGUUGAGGAGGCUGCUGGGUGUCCGCACUGAGGGUGACAAGAAAGCGGCAAAGGUCCAGAAGCUUUCGAAAAAUGAGGUGUUGAUGGUGAACAUCGGCUCAUUGUCAACAGGAGGCCGUGUGAGUGCGGUGAAAGCCGAUUUGGCCAAAAUUGUGCUCACUAACCCUGUGUGCACAGAGGUGGGCGAGAAGAUCGCUCUGAGUCGCCGAGUGGAGAAACACUGGCGUCUAAUCGGCUGGGGUCAAAUCAGGAGAGGAGUGACCAUCACGCCCACAGUGGAUGAUGAUUGAGGAUUUUACAGUUGGAAUAAGAGGAUAGUGUCAUCACACCAUAUGACAUAAAUAUCAAACGUUUUCACACUAGUGCCGAGGUCGGAGCUGCACAGACGUCAGCACCUCAGCACCUGUAUUUUAAAAUGUGCGCCAAUCCCAACGGCAGGACUGAUUUCAUUUACACUGCGAUAUGGGAAGAAAGCUGUAUUUCUUGGGUUUGCUGAAAAAAGUUGUCAACAUAUUUCAGUGAUUACUAAUAAAAACACUUUGGAUCAAAA